AUGGAAAGGUUGUAUUGGCUAUGGGUUAGCUUAAGCGUUUUAAUUUUGGGCGCUUUUAACGGCCUUCGCCAUUAUGCUUUAGCCGCAACACCGGUAGCUCGCCGGCAUGUCCCCGAAAGGGUUCGUGCCCGGCUGGCUGUGCUAGUGCCUUUUUCCUCCUUUUUGCCGGGCGGUUUCGCCCGUGCAUUUAACGCUCCCCGCUUUUUGCCGGGCGGUUUCGCCCGUGCUUUUAACAAAGCUUUUCAGCGCGCUUUUAUAACGGCAAUUGCUUAG